ACAGCACAACGCAACACAAACACAGGAAAUGAACCCAACGCAGCUUCCACAGACGCUUGGGCGCGUGUUAUCCUCAUCCAAGAUGAACAAAUCCCACCCCGGCAUAGGAGAUCUCGAAUCUUCUCUAAUCCAAAUCUACAACCAUCACCACCAAAAUUUCCUCCAGCUCCGGGAUCAGGCCGAGAAAGCGAAGAAAGAAGCGAUCAGGAAGGCGGGGAGAGUGUCGGAUUUGUUGGUGGAGGCCGUGAACGGCGGUGUGCAAGAGUCGUUUGUAAACGAGAAGCGAAUCGAGGCGGAGAUUCGUGUUUUGGCUUCUACCAUUGCUCGUUUCAUGAAGCAGACCGAUCAGUGGCUCGCUGCUUCUCACUCCAUUAACACUGCUGUUAAGGAAAUUGGAGACUUUGAGAACUGGAUGAAGAGCAUGGAUUUCGAUUGUAAGAGUAUCAACGCAGCAAUCCGUAACAUCAAUCAACAGUGACAUAAGCAUACAGGUAGUACACGUACGUGGUUUCAUUAACUCCUUUUGUUUCUUUCUAAAUUACUGCAAAUCAAAUCCUAAUGUACUCACUGUACUGCUACUGCAAAUUCCUGGGAAUUGAAUGGGAUUACUGGCUUCCUUAUAUGGGUUAUUAUCCAUUUAAUAGUUAGUGAAGUCGAUGUUGAACUUGGAAUGUGAUUGGGGAAAAAUAGUACUAGUAUUUGCUAACAGUACAACCCAAUGGCAUGUCAUAUUUUAGAGUACAUUUAACAAUUACACUUGAGUUUGGAAUUAGAAGGAAUCAAUGGCACGUCAACCCAAUGGUUUGAUGCUGGUUCUCUUGGAGUAUGCCUGCUCCAGAAUGUGGCUCUGAUCAUAAGAAGAUCGCUUAAUAUGUUGGUGAUCUCUCACCAAA